UUUUUCAUUAUAUCUUAUUAUUUUUCUCUGAUUAUCUUAACCUCUCCAUUUCUCCUUAGGAUCGAAUAUUUAACAAUCAUUACAAGCGCAGCAGCCCCUCGGAACGUGUCAAAUAUGGCGUGCUAAACAUAGGUACCAACGUGCGUGCUCCUUUUAACUCACGGACGGAAAUCCAUGCUAUAUGUUAUUUUAAUAUCUUAGUUCUCAUUUUUCUUCUUACACCCUUUUCUCUUCCCCUUCUAUCUCACACGUCAAAACGAUUGACAGCAGCAAUAAACGUCCAAUGACGAUACGUCUUAUUUAAUUUGCGCAGUCUUGCUUUUUUUUCAUUGACUUUCAGUUUUUCGUUGUUUAUGUUCAGUUUGCAAUUUGUUUACUCGCCUCGUCGUUCCAGGCCUAAAGGAAAGAAAUAGCAUUAUUUUCAAAAAUUGUUCUUUUAAAACUCUUCUUUGUUACUCAUGAAAGUUUAACUGUCUAGUCGGAUCGAUGUAGCUUUGACUUUACUGUAACACAUGCAGCGCCCGAGGGAGGUAAUUAGACGUUGAAUCGAAUGAGCCGUCAUUAACAUUCCUCACAGUUUACAUACUGCUAUAUUUUUACUGAAGUUGUGUCUUUGGUAUCCUGUUUCUUUUUUUCUAGUUGGUGAUCCCCUUGGUGUACGAAGCUGUAUUAAUUACGGCGAUUCCUUUCUUCAGGUAAGUCGAAUUUUCAAUUUCACUUUUCAUAGUUUAAUUUUCGCCGCGGAUAUGUUUUUAUUCUACUAAGUUUGACUGAUCGUGAGUCAAAUCGAACUGUCAAUCUUUCUUACCGACUACUUUUUCCCUUAUUUUCAGCUAAAGAAAGUUCGUCUUCGUACGACGUUCGCCUCAAUGGAUACUUCAGGAAGUGGAGUGAAGUUAUCGUGCUGUGAACAUUAUGAAAAUGUCAUUUACGCGUACAGCGACCCCGAGAUUACCGCGGUACAAAAAAUAAUAUUUAUAAUAACAAUGGCACAAUUUUGGAGUGAUGACGAUGAUGAUAAUGGGAUUGAAGAGUCAAUUUAUUAUGGGAUAAACAACACGGGAGUCACAUAUUCAGAAAGAGUGCAUGGAGGUUAGGAAAAAUCUCAAGUUUGGUGUAGAUCGGGCCAAUAGUGAACAAGACACAAGUAUUUAAAAACUUAAAAAUUUAUGAGAGAUGUAUGGAUUGCUAGACUAUGUGUACACGCAUCCUCCCUCCCUCCCUCCCUGACAAAAAAAACGGAGCUCCUUUUCCCAGUUUUUUCUUUUGUCGAGGGUUCGAGGGUAGGUUGCGGCUAUACGUAGGCCAUGGAUUGCGGGACGUAUGCACCUUCCGGAAGUCUACACAUUUCUAGUAAAUUUUGGAGGUUUUCAAUGGCUGUAUCGCCCUCGUUCAAUAUAGGCCCGAUAAACACCAAACUUGAGAAUGUUGCUAAUUUCAAUGUGCUCUUUCUGACUAUAUGGGUCUAGUGUUGUUUAUCCCAUAAUAAACGGACUCGUACUCAGCCCCUCUUGGUUUGAAACCAGGCAAUGGAGAUAAAAAAGGUGAUGCCAAUGAUAGUGUAAAGAGGAACUGUGAGGAUAGCCGGGGGCCCUUUUAGCUCACAUGGGAAGGAUUUUUACCAUACUGGUCACUACUACGAACCAAUUUCCUGCACAAUAGCCAAUAAACGAAGCAACAGUGUCCCAAAUGAGUCCCAUAAUGCCAUUCGACACAACACCGACCCAGUCCCACGCAGAACUUAAAAAUAACCAGUGACUCACGAUGCAAAAGUAUUCCUUAUACAGGCCCUUGACCAGUGUUUGUUUUCACCCGUUUUGAAUGUUAUUCUUUUAUUUCUAAAUCAAGCCUCUAACAUCUCUCUCUCUACUUUUUUAGAUCAUUGAUGUUGCCACGGGAAAAGUUCCUUUUCAUCGAUCAGAUUGCAUCUCGCAUUACAAAGAGGUAAUACAUUAAGGAAGUAAACUUGCGUCGGAUUCCACCCCACCCUGCUUCCCCAGCCAGAUUCUUUGGGUUAUUGCUGAUCAGAGACGCAUCCCAGAUUCGUAAUACUGAGAUCUAUAUAGUUUUCUAAAAGGCAAUGGCAUCAGGAAGCGAGAUGAUAAAGUGGCGAGCUUAUCAAAAUCGCUCUUGUUUGGUUCUCCAAAGUCUCCCGAAAUACUCUGUUGCCGCAUUCAAUUUUCGUUUUCGACAGUGGACAGGCCGGGCCAUCUCCAGAAUACUGCCCUUUCUUUUUGCCCUUGGCCACCUAUAUUUAUUGGAAGAUAAAAUUGCCAAAUGCGUUUGCAUAUUUAGUAACAUUAAAAUUAUGUAACUUGACCUCAGGUUCAGAUCCAUGGACCCGUGAGCCUAUCAGAAAAUGUCGAAUGUAUUGUUGUGAACGCUCGUCACCAAGCAGACACGCGGAUAGGGAGCCUCCUGGACCUCUUUGUGGAGCAAAACAAAUGUAACCUUAUUUGGAUGGACCCUGAUGACCUCACUGGGGUAGCACCUACUCCACAUGGUGCCUUCGGACAUCUUUUGAGCGCUGAAUCACUAUCCGGUUCUCUUGGAAUCGAAGAAGAAGAUCUCUAG